AUGGGUAUGAAAACCAAUGUAAUUAUCAAUAAAUCAAUUAUUUAUGUUUAUUAUUUAUUAUUAAUACUACAGAUUUGCGGAUCUCAAACGAAAAUUGUGAUACAAAUACUUAUUGUUCUUCUUUGUCCUCCUCACAAUGCCAUUUCUAACGUCGAGAAGCCUCUAUCCAGGGCAGCCAUUCCGUGA